GCUGAGUACGCGAAACUCAUUUACUACGCGUUCGUCUAGCACGUGCGACCACUGUUCUUUGCGCAGUGACCGUUGUGCGCGCGGCGUCUUUAGCUUCUCUACUCUCGUUCGGCACGCACACUCCAACGGAGUCCUUCUAACACGAAUCCUUUAAUAUUAAACCGAUCAUCAUGGCGGAAGAAUAUCUUUAUGGAAUAACGUUGGAGGGAGUCAAUUCUAGCGAAGUAUGGGAUCCGGAGCACAAGAACGACGAUGCAGACGGCACGAACCAACAUUUCGGUGCCGAUCAGAAGUUGAUCAUAAAAAUGGCUCUUCUAGGUCCAGAGGCUAAAGUUGGUGAACUGAAUGUACUACAAGUCGAAGCAAUGGGUUUAAAAGGACCCAUUAAGGCACCAAUUGCUUUGCUGGAGAUGGGAAAAACGGCACAGAUUAUUCUGGAUCUCAGUUUUCCUGAUCCUCCAGUCACAUUUACUUUGGUUAAAGGAAGUGGUCCUGUUCACAUAGUAGGACAUAAUUUACUUGGUACACACAUGGAGGAGUUUGAUGAUAUGGAUGAUGAAAUGGAAGAGGAGAACAUCGAUGAUGAUGAUGAUGAUGAUAAGGAGCCAGAAGAUGAAGAAGAUGAUGAAGAUGAACCCAAGAAGAAGAAGACCAAAUUAACAACUGCAGCCAAAUACAAAAACCAAGCUAAUAAGAACAAGAAAAAAUAAGCAUGAGCCUUAAUAAUAUGGAAAUAUAACAAACUUUUAAGUUAGGCUAAUAAGCGUAAGUCCAUCAUUAUCAUCCGCAUUUUUGCGAAUCUAGUAUCGUUUCACCAGAUUAUCAGACGACAAACGUUGCCUUCCACAUUUGUAUAACAUAAUUGAAUCAAUGAAUUAUUAUAAAAUAAUAAUGCUCUAUACUUUAUAAAGAAUGUCGCAUGUUUUUGGUUAAUGAAAAUUUUAAUUAAGUUAUAUAACGAACAGAAAGUGGAAUAUCUUUUAACAUCCUUCUUUGAAAUGCCUUAGAGGAAUGACCUUUAAAACAUAUUAAACAAACUCUAUGGGAUUUUAAGAAUGUGAAUCGAAAAUUAUUUUUUUGACAAAAUUUUAUGGAGUUCAAAGUUCAGAGGGCAUUCUUCUGAGGACCGAUUACGUGUAAAAACAUUAAAUAAAAGAAAAAAAAUACGAUGAAUAUCACUAAAUUAUCGCGGUUUUUAGAAAUUAAUGUGGGGAGAAAGCUGAACAUAUUUGUAUCAGUUGUUAAAUUAAGUGGAAGGCGCGGACAGAUCUACAGUGAGAUGUAUUCAUAUUAUUUCCUUUUUUGUCUUCUCCAAUGCCACACAUCGACACUUCCAAUAACGCGAAGGUACAUUAUUCUAAUAUAGACAUGUAAACGCGAGUCACAGGAAAAAAUGAAUUUAUCAUGCUCUUUAAGAA